AUGGCGACGCGGCGAUGCCUCCUGCGCCUCCUCACGCGCCGCCUCGUCCCCCACAGCCCGCAACCCCUCCCCACGGUCCCGAUCGCCGCCCAAACCCUAACCUCCCUCUCCCACCUCCUCGCGCCCCGCGCCGCCGCCGCCGCCUCGCUACGGCUCCUCCCCGCGCGCUCCCACUUCGCGACCCGCGCCCCCUCCGGCAGCGAGGACGACGACGACGACGACGAGGAAGCGGACGACGAGGCGCACUACGAUGACGAGGAGGGGAGCGGGGGCGAGUGGGGGGAGGGCGACGACGAGACGCCGGCGGCGAAGCCGCCCAGCGGGAAGACGGAGGAGGAGAAGCUCGCGGAGGCGUCCGAGAUCGGGUACAGGGUGGUGGGCCCGCUCGGGGCCGACGAGAAGCCAUUCAAGCCCUACGAGCCCGUCUUCGCCGUCGUCCAGAUUGGUUCGCACCAGUUCAAGGUGAGCAAUGGCGACUCCAUCUUCACGGAGAGGUUGAAGUUCUGCGAUGUGAACGACAAGUUAAUUUUGAAUCGAGUUCUCAUGCUUGGCUCACAAGCUGAAACAGUAAUUGGGAGGCCAACUCUUACUGAUGCUACUGUCCAUGCCGUGGUUGAAGAGCAUGCCUUAGAUGCAAAAGUUAUUAUAUUCAAGAAGAAAAGGAGGAAAAAUUACCGUCGAACAAAGGGACACCGUCAGGAAUUGACAAAGCUGAGAAUAACUAACAUCGAAGGAAUAGACAAGUCCUUUCUUCAACAAGAAGGCAUAGAUAAAUCAGAGAGUGCUGCUGUUGCUGCAUAAAUUAAGACGAUGAAUCAAAGGAACGUUGCUGUUUUGUGUUUAUGUCAACAAUGCCAAGCGAUCCUUGAUGCUGGUGUUACACAUUCCUCCACCCAUUCUCGAUACUUGCACGAUAUGUUGUUUUUGUGCUCAUUAACUAGCAAUGAUUGAACUGAAGCUGAAGGUCAGUUCGCAAUGUCCACAUUUUGGCCCACGGACCUGUCCACCCAUCGGUUGCGUUUCCCGCACAACACCAGUGUCUUGAAAAGUUCGUGAUUUAGAUAAUCUGAUGUGGAUCAGCCCAUGUAGUUUAUAGUUGCACUGAUUUUCUGUUCUUUUUUUAUUCCCUGUACUCCUUAUGUCUUUGAAUGGGUUCUGAUACGUCAGUCUCCAUGUGUACCGUCCCGGCCAUGAAUAAUAGAAACUGAAAUGUUCUCUCUUAA